UCUACUUACGUGUGUGUUCUGUUUGACAUUUUCAUUUCACCCCUUUCACAGAGAAAAUAAAACAAUGACAACACUCACCUAAUGCUAUAGUAGUCAUGUAUCACCUUUCAAUGCCUAGCUAGCUUUCUAAUUAUAAGAUGUCCGCCAACUUAUUAAUCAUUCUUCCAUAAUCUUCAUUCAUUUUUCCUUUAUUUCAUCCUCCUUCUCCGCCUUCACCAGCUUCCAUUCAUUAAUCCAAUAACAACCGCCCGCUCGCGCGUGUGUCUCUUCUCCAUUCAAACCAUGCGGAGAAGAUCAACACGCGCCACCGGCACAUUUCUUCUCUGCCUCCUCUUCAUUCUCCUCUUCUCCAUAUUCUCCCUUCACCUUUCCCGCAAUGCCAUCUCUUCCUCCUCCCUCCAUCUCAAUCUCAACCUCGACAACCGCCACCACCUCCUCCACCACUCCAACAAGCGCGCCCUCCUUAACAACUUCGACAACGAUGGCCUCCUCCCUCAUCCAAUAGCACAUCGUGUCUCCUCCAUCAACGUCUCCUCCCUUUCCUUCUCCGUCUCCGUCUCCGAAUCCGUUCUCCUCCCCGAUUGGGAGAUCCUUCUCAUCGUCUCCCCAAACACACCCUUACCUCCUCUUCCUCUUGAUCGCGAUGACAACUACCAUUGCCUUUUCCGCAACAACCAAAGGUCUCCGGCCAAGUUCUUCGCCGUUUUGCCCUUCACCAACCGCACCACCUUCAGGUGCGUCAUGCCGGAAUCAGUUCGUCGCCGUCGUAUAUUCUCUCAGCCGAACUUGGUGGCGUCAUCCUCAUACAACGAGUCACCGGACUUGUCGUCUUCGCCGGCGCCGGAACUCCUGAGAUGGAACUUCUUCGUUUACGAGUCAUUCUCCACUGACGACGACGUCGUUUUGUUCGCAAAAGGCGUCAACAGUCGCCAGGGCAACGACCGUUCCCCAAACGAGCUACGUUGCGUCUUCAGUUUCGGAGACGGAAUUCGUAACACCGUCAAAACGACCGUCACUAGCUCCGUCCAGGAGGUGUUCCGUUGCCCGCACCCGGAUCCAUUGGAAUUGGGCCUUGGACAAGGACCCGAGAGAAUCACCGUUUCACUCGAGAUCAUUGCCGGAAACCUCCUUGUCCCUUCUGUGGCUUAUUACACUCCUAGGCCCAAUAAGAAGCCCAAUUCUCUUCAGGCCCAGCCCAAAUAUCAGAUAUGCGCAUGCACCAUGGUUUACAACGUAGCGAAAUUCUUAAGAGAGUGGGUGAUGUACCAUUCCAAGGUUGGCAUUGACAAUUUUUUAUUGUACGACAACGGAAGCGAUGAUGACUUGAAAAAAGUGAUCAACGAGCUUCGUGGAGAGGGUUACAACAUCUCAGUGUUGCUUUGGAUCUGGCCCAAGACUCAAGAAGCUGGGUUUUCUCACAGUGUUCUAUACUCCAAGUCUCAGGGAAUGUGCAAAUGGAUCAUGUACGUGGACGUUGACGAAUUUGUUUUCUCUCCUUCUUGGGGUAAUAUUGGAAAGGGCCAUGAAAAAUUUCCUUCGCUGAAAUCGAUGGUGCCACGAGAAAAACAUGUAGGGCAGGUUUCGGUGAAUUGUUUGGAGUUUGGGCCAUCGAGUCAGAAGGUACACCCCUUGGAAGGUGUGACGCAAGGGUACACGUGUCGUCGAAAGGUGGAGCAGAGGCACAAGUCUAUGGUGUUGGUGGAUGCAGUGAAUCCCAGCUUGUGGAACGUGAUUCAUCACUUUAUGGUGAACGACAAGGCUGGGUUCGUGUCGAUUCAAUUAGGGUUGGACAAAUGGGUGGUGAACCACUACAAGUACCAAGCGUGGGAUGAGUUCAAGAACAAGUUUCGGAGAAGGGUCUCUGCUUAUGUUGUAGAUUGGAGGCAAAAUGUGAAUCUAAAUUCUAAGGAUAGGACUCCUGGGCUGGGCCAUGAGGCCAUUGAGCCUGAGGACUGGGCCACCAAGUUCUGUGAGGUUAGGGAUGAGAGGCUUAAAUCAUUUACCCAAAAGUGGUUCGGCUCCUUUAGGCCCAACCAUACCCACGCAUAGCUGACCAGACCAGUUCUUGAUUCUUUUAUUCUUUUCCCAACAUUUGUAUAGGAAAAUUACGAAAGAAUGUGGGUUGGAAUUGGUUCAUUGUGGUGGUGACGUGGUGUUUUGUUGUAGAUUGACUUUUUGUUUUUGACGAGCAAAGUAGAGCUGAUGUUCCAUC